AUGUGCAGCCUUCUAGACGAUCCUAAUGAGUGGAGGCUGAGCGGUGGUAUAAAUUAUGAAUUAUCAAUUUCUUUAAAUUAUUCUCGUUUCGAAGUUCUUAUUCCUUUAAAUCAGGUUAUUAAGUUUCAUUUAUCUCAAAAUCAAACCGUUCAAUUAGAAUUAAAAAAGAAUUUUACAAGAUAUUAUUAUCGCAAUUACAGAGGAACUCAUGUUUCAAUACAAGAAGACCCUACAAAUGGCAAAUUCAAAGAUGCAAAUUUUUUUAUCUUUGUACCAGCUGAUUGGGUUGAUAUCAACACCUUAAAGUUUUUUGUGGAGGGUGUUAAUGAACUUCUCACACACAAGGUAAAACCAAAUUCAAAUAAUCACCGUUUCUCAGAUAUAAACUCUCUUGUCUACAUUGGAGAUGAAAAGGAUCAGAUCAAAUCGUUUCAAAAUCUUUGUAACGAUGAUGAGUUGCAAAUGAGAUGCAACUUUUUGAGCGGAUCAAGAAUUCUUCGUGUUUCAAAAGAGACGCCAUUCCAAGAAAUUCUUACAAUGGUUCGAGAACGUUUUAAAGUCGAUAUCGAUCCUAACGUAAUAACGUAUAAAAAUCAAACCAAAGACAUGAUUAAUUUAUUGGAUGAAGAAGAUUGGAAUGCUGCUAAAUGGGAGAUGAAUAUGACAAAAAUUCAAAUGAUUGACUUAUACUUUUUUCCAGUGAUUUGA